AUGAAGAAAGUGAUGUUGAAUUAUUAGCUUUAACAUCUACAUCUAUUCCAGCUUUAUCUACUUUAGCUUUGUCUACUCAAAAUACAAAGUUUUUUGAAAGAUAUACUGCAUUGGAAUUAUUAGAUAAUAAAGAAGUAGAAGUGGAAAAGGUUUCUUGUAAAUUUGAAGAUUACGAUACAGAAUAUAUAUGGCUAGGAUCAACUAGUAAUUGUAUAACCUAUCUUCGUGAUAUACACCAAAUUACCAAAGAAUCACUUAAAAAUACAUUAGUAAAAGCAGAGCAACAAAUGAUUUACCAAUUAAUUUCAAGACCUCAUUCUUCUCAUGUUCAAAAAAAGCUUACAUAUCAACUUGUGCACUACAUAAUUGCAUAUGCUCAGCCUAUUUCUAUUGUUGAUGAUGAUGAUUUUAGGCUUUGGACAAAAAAUCUUGAUCCCCAAUUUAAAGUUCCAUGUGUUAAUACUAUUAAAACUGUUAUAUUUAACUUCUAUGAUUUUGCAAUAAAUCAAAUUAUAGAUUUUAUUUCGAAAACAUCAGAUACUAUCGUACUUGACAUUGGAAAGUUAGAUGAACAUCAUGCAUCUGAUAUUGUUAAAUCUGUUAAUUCUGUUCUUAAUAAAUUUAAAAUUAAUUGUCAAAACAUUUUUUUUAUUACUACUGAUAAUGGAUCCAAUGUCAGUGUCAAUUUAGGUUUAAAGGAAGUUGAUGAAAUCAUUUCAAAAUGUAAAAUUACUCCAGGGCUUAAAGAGCCACUUGAUGUUAUUAAAGACAUGAAUACACAUUGGAAUUCUACUCUUUAUGUUAUUGAAUAUCUUGUAUAUUUAAAACCUGCUAUCAUACAAUUAUACUCAACUCUUACUAACUAUACAAUUAGGGAGGUCAGAAAAGAAGCAGAAACCAUAGGCCCUUAUAUUCCCUUUUCAGAAGAAUUUGAAUUAUUAGAAAAACUUAUCAAAGUUCUUUUUCCUUUUGAUGAAGCCACUCAAUUUUUAAGUAGAUCAAAGUAUCCAACACUGGGUUUCAUGACACCAAUUUUGGAAGAACUUGCUCGUCAGCUUAGAUAUUUUAUUGGACAAAAUAGCAUGUGCUGCUCCUUUCUUAAUCCACAUUUUAAAAAGCUAAAUUUCUGCACUAGUGCUUUAUGGCAUACAACUAUUCAGAAUAUGCGUCAACAAUUUAAUGAGCUAUGUUUAAUACAAACCUUCAAUAAUAAUCUAACAUCAACUAAUGAUAAUAAUCCAUCUUUAACAUCUUUAUAUCAAUGUAAAAAAACCAAGAUAUCAGCAUUUUUUAUGCAUUUGCAUACAGAAAACUCUAAUGUUGAGCCUGAUGAAUUUGACCGAUAUUGUGAACUCCCCUCAAUUGCUCUUGAUGAAAAAUCUUGUCCUUUAGAAUGGUGGUGUAAACACAAUAUCUUCUUUCCUACUAUGGCGAUUUUAGCAAGAAGAUAUCUUGCAGUACCAGCAUCUUCUAUACCAUCAGAGCGCCUAUUUUCUGAUGCCAAAAAUCAUAUAAUGGAUAAGCAUAAUAGACUUGAUCCAGAUUUUUUGAACAAAUUG